AAGGCAUGAAGGUCACAAAGAGCACGGACCCUCUAAACACGAAAAAGGACAAAAGAGUGGUGGAGGAAAAAAGCACGGAUCCUCCAAUAGCCUAAAAGACCAAGCGACGAGUAGAAGACGGGCUAUAUUUUCUAAACAACUGAAGAACAACGGCUUCACCUUACAUGAUUUUAAGAAUUUCAAUACAUACAUGAAGCACAAAUAUUCGAAAGAAAUCGGGAAAAUUACCAAGAAGCUGCUGAAAGAGGUUGCUGGAAAUGAGGAAGAUGUCAAGAAAAUGUCAAGGAAACUUUUCAGACCAUAUUUCGGCAAAGUGAUAGAAGAAAUGAAAAAAUACAAAGAAGAGUUGCAAACCAGAGAAAAGAAUACCGGAGGAAAUCCAAAACGCAAACAGAGAAAGCAGACGUCUGAAGAACAUGGCGGACGGAAGGGUGGACAGCGCAGAAAACAGAAACCUAAAGGACAUGGCGGAUGGAAGGGUGGACAGCGCAGAAAACAGAAGUCUAGAAAAGGCGGCAAUCCAAAUACAAACAUAGGAAAGAAUUAGGAUUACCUUCCACAUUGUCAGUGACAUGUCUGCCGUGUGGUUUCGACUCGGCGCUCCGCCCAACACUACGAUUCGUUUAUCAUGUGUAGACGUCUAUGCGUGUGACUGUCACGUGACUGUGUUUCCGCCCAACACGCAUUCCAACUAAUUUUUUUAACAAACUCAGUAACGUGUAAGACAAUUAAACAAUAAUACAAAAAUAUUAUUACACAGUGAAAUAUAUUUCAGAGAUAAUUGAGGACUGGUUUUGUGAAAAUCGGUAUUCUAUAUUUCAAUGGGUUGUUUGCAUUCUCAUAUCGAGGCUGGAAUACGUUUGUCACUAUUGUGUGGACAAAUAUAAUUUUAGAAAGUAAUAUACGUAAAACCCCCACAUCGUUUGAAAUAGUUUAUAUAAAUACUAAUAAUAACUUAAAACCCAGCUCCGUCUGUUGACAGUUUUGUUUGUGUGUUACAUUGUGUCGUGUCUGUUAGUAGAACAAAUAAAAGUGA